GUGGCAUCAUGUGGAAGUGCCACAGCAAGUGUGGGUAGGCAGGUGACAACAGGAUGGCACCAGGAGCAGAUAAAAGCAGAGGGCACAGCUGGAGAGAUGACUGCCUGCGGGACUCUGCGGCCCUGAGUGGAUCAGCUCUCCUGAGGACAGAGGAUGCCCAGCAUGGCUUACAGCAUGGCGGUCCUGCUGGCCCUGGCAAGUGCCACGGUCACACAGGGCUGCGCUGAGCGCCAGUCCUCCUGCAGUGGCACUGCAGACAGACCGGUGACACUGCAGGGGGACGAGUGGAUGGCGCAUGGGGCUCUUGGUGACCUGCCCUCAGUGGCAGAGGAGUGCCAGGCUACAGUCUCCCAUCACCGCCUGGUCCAGGAGCUGCUGCGGCGCAUGGAGAAAUCCGUCAAGUUUGACGAGCCGCCGAACCCCAGCAUCCUGCUGGCCAUGAACCUGGCUGGAGCCACCCAUGGCCAUGUCCACCACUGGCUGCUCCAGGAGAUAAAGAAGGAUGCAGUGGAGAGAGCCCAGACAGACAUGACCUCGGGACAAGUGGCUCUGUAUGUCCUCGCCCUCCUCUCCUCCUGCCAGGACCCCCGAUGUGUCCACGCCAUGGGCAAGACUAUCAACCUGAUCCCCAUCCUGAAGCAGAAAAUGAAUGAGGAGAUUAGCAAAAACGGUACCCAGGGACUGAUCACCUGGUACGCAGAGAGCCUGGACAUCCUGGCCCUGUGCCUGCUGAAGGAAUAUGACAACCAAGAUGCAGUCAAGGCUGUGGCUGAGGAGUUGCUGAACCAUAAGAGCUCCCCCGAUGUGGACAGCCGGGCCAUGGCGGUACUGGCGCUGGUGUGCGCCUACAACCACACAGGCAAGCAGGAUCUGAUCCAUCUGAUCCGUGAUGCCCUAAAGGCGGUGACCAACGAUUUUCUGGAUGAGCAAGAAAGGCACAAUGGCAUGAUCGGGAAUAUCUACAGCAUGGGGCUGGCCCUGCAGGCUCUGGAGACCUCGAGUGAGUUUUACAGCCCUCGGAAGUGGGACCGUGCCCAGGCCUUCAGCGUGGUCUACAACCAUGACUACAAACAGCCCAUGGCCAUGGCCCAGGUGCUGCCUCCCCUGGUGGGCAAGUCGUACCUGGACGCAGGUGGGGUGUGCCGGGUGCCCGCCCUGCCCCUCUGCCCACCCGCAGCUCCCAUCACGGUGCAGUUCUCCAUCACCAACACGCUGAAGAAUUACUUCCACUACUCCACCUCAGUGGAAGUCCCAAGUGACUCCACGCUGCUCCAGGUGAUGAAGGCAGCAAGGAAUGAGAAACCCGACAUCUUUUGCUUCAAGACAGAGCAGACAAGCUGGGGUCCCUUUGUGACCUCCAUCCACGGGCUGGCUGGCAACAAAACCGAAAGGACCUACUGGCAGUUCUUCAGCUGCUGGAGUCCCCUCCAGGAAGGAGUUGGCACCUACAAGCCAAAAAACUGGGAGCACAUCCAGGCCAUCUUCAGCACCUACUGAUGCCACCAAGACACCCUGGACCCCUCCGUGGAGCAAUAAAGUGACAUUCCAGCAUGU